UCCAGUUUUGAACAAUAAUUGAACAUAUUGCGAUCUAUUAUCAUAUGUAGUAUUUAAAUUCCGACAAUCCUAUCGCGUCACUAUUUAUAGUCAGAUUAAGUUCUCCGUAAUUUUUUUAACUUUUCUUUCCCAAACCAUUUCAAAAUAAAUGAAUAAAUAAAAUAAAAUAAAAUAAAAAUGAGUGAAAUCGCAAAUACGUUUAUAUGGGAAGUUGGAAAUUUUCAAAAUUUAAUUAAACAAAUUCCUCGAGGUAAAAGUAUUAUUAGUCAAAGAUUUUUGUUGCCACAGAGAUCUUUUGAUCAAGAUAAUCAGCAGGAUCGUAAUCGUCCUACUUUAUGGGAAUUAUCCUUGCUUCCAAAUGGAGUUAGCGGAACAAAAGAAGUUAUCUCUUUACAAAUUAAUGCGAUUCAAACAGAAUUCGAAAAAUCCAACCAUAUUACGAGAAGGAGAAAGGAAAUCUGUUUAGGAAUUGGAAAAUAUGAGAAUUGUGAACAUUGUGAAUCAUCAUUUAAAACUUUAAUCAAAAGUCAUAGAAUUUUUUCUAAGUUAACCGAUUUCGAUUUAACUAAAAAUGAAUGCUUGGAGUUCUCAGAAUUCAUUUCAUUAAAUUCUAUCUUUCCGGAAGGUGACAAGUCGAAAGCAGUCAGCUUAUUUGUCCAAAUGACGUUACUUGAUGAUAGUGAUUAUGACUAUUGCAAUUAUAGUAGGGUAUAUGAAGAAUAUUUUGAAGAUGAGAGGUUUGCAGAUAUUGAAUUCGUACUUGAUUGUGGAUCAAGAAUUAAAGCUCAUCGUAUUAUUUUAUCAGCCAAUUCAAUAUAUUUUAAAAACAUGUUACAAGGUCAAUGGAAAGAAGGAAGUAUGGAGGCUAUACAGAUUAAAGAAACCAACUACAUGGCUUUUCGUGCCGUUGUUUAUUACAUUUAUUCAGGAAAAUUAUAUGGUAUAAAUGGUUUUGAUAUACUAAAACAAACUUUUAAACUAGCGGACAUGAUGAUGUUAGAAAAUUUGAGUAAGUUGAUUAUAGAUGAAUUAUCAGAUUUGAUUGAUGAAGAAAAUUGGUAUGAAUUUAUUUUAUUGGGAUGGGAAUUUAAUAAUAGUUCUUUAAAAAGUAUAGGAUUGAAAUAUAUUGCUAAUAAUUGGGAGAAAGUAAAAAAAAGUGAAGGGAUGCUACGAUUAUUUGCGAGUAAUAAUGUUGAAGGGAUUGAAGAAUUAUUUUACGUUAUAAAUAGAAAUAUGGAAAUAGCAAAGUGGGAUUAUUGUUGAUUGUUCAUUUUGAAUCUGAAUCUACAAAAUUUA